CUAGCUAACGCGCUCUCUCUUUCUCAAAUACUGCCCAUGCGCCUUGGCCUCCUCCGAUCCUCUGAUGAGGCCAAUGGCCAGCAAUGGCAUGGCGUCCUCACUCUCGCCCUUCUUCCCUCCAAACUUCCUCCUCCAAAUGCAGCAGACGCCCUCCGAUCAUGACCCCCAAGAACACCACCACCUUCCUGCUCCUCCCCUUCAUCUUCACCACAACCCCUUCCUCCCCUCCUCUCAAUGCCCCUCCCUGCAAGACUUCCGAGGUAUGGCGCCAAUGCUGCGGAAGCGCCCGACGAUGUACUGCGGCGCGGACGACGUCGGCGUCGGAGGCGAGGAGGCGAGCUGCGGCGCGACGAACGAGGACGAGGUGUCGGACGACGGCUCCCUGCAGGCCGUCGGGCCCGGGGAGAAGAAGCGGCGGCUGAACGUGGAGCAGGUGCGGACGCUGGAGAAGAACUUCGAGCUCGGGAACAAGCUGGAGGCGGAGCGCAAGCUGCAGCUGGCGCGCGCGCUGGGCCUGCAGCCGCGGCAGGUGGCCAUCUGGUUCCAGAACCGGCGCGCGCGGUGGAAGACGAAGCAGCUGGAGAAGGACUACGACGCGCUGAGGCGCCAGCUCGACGCCGUCAAGGCCGACAACGACGCCCUCCUCUCCCACAACAAGAAGCUCCAAGCCGAGAUACUGGCACUGAAGGGCAGGGAGGCAGCAGGGGGGUCGUCGGAGCUGAUCAACCUGAACAAGGAGACGGAGGCGUCCUGCAGCAACCGCAGCGAGGACAGCUCCGAGAUCAACCUCGACAUCUCGCGCACGCCGCCGGCGUCCGAGGGCCCCAUGGACCAUCCGCCGCCGCCGCCGCCGCACCACGCCGCCGGCGGCGGCUUGAUCCCUUUCUACCCUUCCGUCGGCGGCCGACAUAGUAUUGCCGCCGGCGUGGGUAUGGACCAACUCCUGCACGCCUCCACCCCGAAGCUGGAGCAACACGGUGACGGCUGCGCCGUCGCCGUCCAGGCCGCGGAGACCGCCGGCAGCUUCGGCAACCUCCUGUGUGGCGUCGACGAGACGCCGCCGUUCUGGCCGUGGGCCGACCACCACCACUUCCAUUGAUCGAUCAUCGUCCAUCACAAACGAUGGCGAUCGACACUGUAGUGAGUAGAAAUAUCGGAGGAAAGGAAUUUAUUUGGACAAUUCUGGCGAGUGCAUGCAGCAAGGGAGGAGAGAAAAAAAAGGUCGUGUACUCGUGUGUGAUAUCUGGUCCAUAUUGGCGGGGUAGGCGGGUAGCUGCCUGCCUAGCUGGUCAUGCAUGGUGGGAACUGGGAAGGGGUUGUAAAUGGGGAAUAAGUGGAGAGGCGGUGUAAUUUAAUUAGGUAGAUUUUGGUUUGAGUUUUGAUAGUAUUUUUUUUAUCUUUUUGAGUCUUCGUUUUUUUUUUCUUUGC